AGAAAGAGAAAGAAGAGGGAAAAGAGAGAGAGAGAGAGAGAGAGAGAGAGAGAGAGAAGAGGAAGAGAGAGAGAAGAGAGAGAGAGAGAGAGAGAGAGAGAGAGAGAGAGAGAGAGAGAGAGAGAGCUCUCUCUCUCUCUCUCUCUCUCUCUCUCUCUCUCUCUCUCUCUCUCA